UGUAGCCACAAGUUCAGCCACAUCUGGCUUUCAAGGUUUCAAGCUCAGUGUAACUUCAAUGUGCUGCUGGCAAAUGGAAUUGACUCUAGAAUUCCUACAUUCAAUCAUUUCAAUGUUGAUGCUAUGUACACAAACGCUACCAGGUGUACCCAAUAGUAACAACUCCAGGUUUUGAACAGGAAAGGAAGCAAUCACAGCUUCCUACAUGCCAAACCACAACCUUCAAAUAUGGCUUUAAAUCGAAAGUAUGCUGCAUUGCCAGAUCUUGACUCUGCACCCGACAUCUACGAGACUCCCGAACUAACAGACGAUAACUCUACCAUUCCGACUACGGCAGGACGAACACAAUCAGAGAACGAAUUCGAUGACGAUGAUGACGAUGACGCGCCAGGUAUCUCUCAUUCGCGACUCCGCAUAGAUUCAGCUCGGUCUCGAUUCUCACCCGCCCAAGUCGAUGCUCGAGAUGUGGAUUUCUCCGAUAGAUUGAAUGGGAAACGAAAAUCAUACAAAACCUCAAGUCGAAGACAGCGAAUUCUAGAGGACGGCACCGAACAAAUUGGUGAUUUUAGCGACGAUGAAGGAGGCGAAGAUCUUGAGAGGAAGAUUGCGCGCCUGAAACGUGAGAUUGAAGAAGCCAAGGAAGAAUAUGGCAAACGGAAGGCAGACACCACAGAGGCUGUAGGAGAUCAGAAUCUGGACCUUGGAUCGCUAAGCCAGGCAUUAGAGGAGAUAUCCACUUUGCCCGAGAGAGGAAUCACAACCCGACCCGGUCAAGCGACAGCCGCAAGCAAGCAAACGAAGGAAGAAGACCAGGAAUUAAAGCAGUCAGCGGCGAAUGGGGCGACGUAUACUAUCACAUAUGCGCCGAGUUACGAACAAAGUCAUGCCCUUGCCAAAGCUGCCGAUUUCGAUCGACGAUUACUCCUUCUAGAAAAGGCUAUUGGAAUUACCUCGUCAGCCAUGCCUGAAUUGGAAGGCAGUGGACUACCCCGAGCUAUUAUGCCUACAUUAGAGGCACUCCAGAGCCAGAUCCUGACGUUGUCGGAGGCGUCCACUUCAUCUCUCGACAGCAUUAGCCGUCGAGUACGAACACUCACCCAAGAAGCCGAGCAAUUGGAGAAGUCAAGGAAGGCUGCCAAGGUGGCUCAAGAAUCACUAGCCUCUUCGGGUGGCUCUCCAGUCGAAGCAGACGAUUCGGAGCAGACAGCCAAAAUCAAUGCACUCUAUGGAACUCUUCCGACCAUUGAAAGCCUAGCACCCCUUCUGCCCCCCCUGCUCGACCGACUCCGGUCGUUGAGAGCCAUUCAUGCCGACGCAGCAACUGCUCAUGAAACGCUAGAACGUAUUGAGAAGUCACAGAGUGAGAUGAUUGCUGAUAUCAAGCAAUGGAAAGAAGGUCUGGAGAAGGUGGAAACAACCAUAAGCGAAGGGGGGGCGGCUAUGACGGCCAACAUGAAGGUAGUAGAUGAAUGGGUGAAAGAGCUUGAGGCCAAAGUGGCUCAACUAUCGUGAUGGUGGGAAUAAUAGUGUACUGCAGCCUGUGUUAGCCUUGAUACCCUACCGCAUAGGAAAAUGAUGAGUACGUUGGAAGGAUGAAUGAAAAGAAAGUAAAUGUUACAAAUAUUCUAGGAUUAUUUGAGUGCUUAUUAGAUAACCUAGGUAGAUAGAUUCGUAUGAUACUAUUUUAUCUUGAUCACCAUUUGGAG